AUGACUCUGGGAAAGGAAGCCUCCUCCUCCUCAUUGACACCGGGUCUCCCCGACCCACCUCGUUUCACCCGUUUCACCUCGUCUCAGGCUCAGGAGGAGAACGCACGGAUAGGUGAGUCCGAUGAGCGGAAAGGAACCUCACCGUGCGAGGACGAUGAGCACGAGGGGGACCGUCGGAGAGAGCGACAGAGAGAGGAAAGGAGGACGAGGCAACUGCGACGGCAGCGACAGGGGCGAGACAGGGACUCGCGAUGUGAGAACGCGGGACGAUCGAGGCCCGCGCACCAUCUCUCCGCCGACACGCGUCUAUCCGCCAAAAGGGUCCUAGGACAGACCCGGUGCCACAGACGUCGUAGGAGCGAGGACGAACAGGAGGAAAGGCCGAAGCGGAUGCGAGGCAAAGACCCGCGGGUGAGGCGAGAUGAGGACGAGGACGAGGAUGAGGACGAGGACGAGGACGAUGAGGAGGAGGAGGAGGAGGAGGAGGAGGAGGAGAGCGAGACACAACGGAGGGAGCGACAGCGAGAGGAGAGAAGGACGAGGCAACUGCGACGGCAGCUGGAGAAAAGCGAUAGGGAGCGAGAGGAAAGAGACGGGGGGCCGGAACGUAAGGACGAUCUCUCCUCCGGGACGCGUCUCUCCGCCAAAAGGGUCCUGGGAGAGACCCGGCGCGGGGGACGUCGUCGGAACGACGACGAACGGGAGGAAAAGACAAAACGGACGUUCCCGUCGAGAAACGGGAAAAUAACUUGGUCCUCUACGCCGUACGAAACAACCCCGUCGCAACGACGACAACAACAACAACAACAAGAGCAGCGGGAGCAGCGACCCUGGACUCCGGGACCCACGGCCCUGGCGGUUUCCGAGGCCCGAGACGUCAUCUCGACGUUCUACCUCUUCCUCACGCCGGAGAUAGACAAAAUCAUCCUGGAGGAGACGAAUCGCGAGGGUCUCAGGAAACACGGAAGAGACGGAUGGAGGCGUAUGGAUGAGAUCGACCUGCAUGCUUACGUGGGCCUGCUCAUCCUCGCCGGCGUGUACAGGUCCCGAGGCGAGGCCACCGCCAGCCUGUGGGACGCGGAGAGCGGGCGUGCGAUUUUCCGAGCCACCAUGUCGCUCAAAGUCUUUCACCUUUACUCGACGCUGCUGCGGUUCGACGACCGCGAGACCAGAGCGGAGAGGCGCGCCUCGGACAAACUGGCGGCCGUCAGAAAGCUCUGGGACGCGUGGGUCGAGCGGCUACCGGCCCUCUACAACCCGGGCCCUGACGUCACGGUGGACGAGCAACUGGUUCCAUUCAGAGGCCGAUGUCCCUUUAGACAGUAUAUGCUGAGCAAGCCCGCCAAAUACGGGAUCAAGUCGUGGGUGGCCUGCGACGCCAGGUCUAGCUACGUUUGGAAAAUGCAGGUUUACACCGGGAAGCCCGCCGCCGGAGGAUGGGAACGGGGUACCGGAGCGGCGAAGGGCUCGGAGAAGAAUCAAGCGACGCGCGUGGUGCUGGACGUGACCGAGGGUCUCACCGGUCAUAACGUCACCUGCGACAAUUUCUUCACGUCCUACGAGCUCGCGGGGAGGCUCCUCCACGAGAGGAACAACACCCUGCUCGGCACGAUCAGAAAGAACAAGCCCGAGCUCCCGCGCGCCCUGCUCGAGCUCCGGGGGAGACGGGUCCUCUCCUCCAAGUUCGCUUUCACGCCCGACACCACGCUGGUGUCCUACGUGCCCAAGAAAAACAAGAACGUGCUGUUGCUCAGCACGCUCCACGCGCGGGCCCCCGAGGUCCGCUCGGACGGGAAGCCCGCUAUCGUCUUGGACUACAACGCCAAUAAAGGCGGCGUGGACACCCUGGACAAAGUCGUGGGCUCCUACAGCUGCAGAAGGAUGACUAAGCGAUGGCCCCUCGUAGUCUUCCACAACAUCGUCGACAUGUCUGGUUACAACGCCUUCGUGAUAUGGAGAGAGCUCAACCCCGGCUGGUUGGCCGGCAGGCGCAACAAGAGGAGGGUGUUUCUCGAGCAGCUGGGGAAGGCGCUCGUGGCUCCGCUCAUCGAGCGGAGGCCUCGCCUGCCGAGCUCCGAAUCGGCCGUGUCGGUCGUGAAGGCGGUCAGUGAAAUCCGCGAUCCCCGACAGCAAGAGGAAGAGGUGUCAGGUCUGCCCCUCCAAGAAGGACUGCAAGACACGCAAAGUCUGCCGUCGCUGCCAGAGAUACAUAUGUGGAGGUUGCGCUCUCCUGUACUGCCCGGCGUGCGACGAGUUGUACUCGGCCCUGGAGCGCGGGUCUGUAUGAUGAUGACCCCGCCGCUGGUGUUGGGACAACGGGAGGGACGCUGUGAGGAUAUUUUUCAUUGA